GUUAGUGGGUGUAGAUCUGUGAAUGAUCUGCUCUGAUUCACAUUGUACCCACGCUUCAUCUAACAAUUAGAGUUAAGAAUGGGGGAAAGGAUACAUAUUAAAAAAAGCUUUAUUUGCUCAUUUCAUGACUGCAGUGCCUCUUUCAGUAAGUCAUGGAAGUUAGAGGCUCAUAAUUGCAAACACACAGGAUUGAAACCAUUUUCAUGUGACGAUUGUGACAAGAACUUCUGCACACGCUACCAACUGACCAGACACCAGCUCAACCACAGUGGGGACAGACCGCACAAGUGCCAGGCUGAUGGCUGUGGUGAGGCGUUUGUCAGCCAAUCAAGUAUGAAAAACCACAUGGAUAAAAGCCACCAUAACGAGGGAAAACCCUUCAAGUGUAACCAUCAGGGCUGUGGAAAGGACUUCAGCAAGAGGUAUCAACUGAAGGCCCAUGUGUAUGAGCACACCAAGGUCCUGCCCUUCCAUUGUACCGUCACUGGAUGUACAAGGGAGUUCCCUUCUCGUGGGUCACUUGAUCAUCACAAGAAGGUCCAUCAAGGUUACCCCUGUGAAGAAGACGGCUGUCCCUUCCAGGGCAAGACCUGGUCCGCGUACCAGACCCACAAGAAGGAGCACAGAGUCAAGCUGCCUUGCGACAAGUGCAAGAAGCAAUUCAACAACGGCCGCUUCCUGCUUCUGCACAAGCGCCAUGUCCACCUGGGGGUGAAGAAAGAGCUGGCCUGCCCCCACAAGUGUGGCAAGAGCUUCACACGGCAGUUCCACCUGGAGAGCCACGUCCUGUUGGAGCACGAGGGCGUGCGGGCCUUCGGCUGCGCCUUCCCUGGCUGUGGGAAGCGCUUCGCCAUGAAGGAAAGUCUUUGGCGACACGGAGUGGUGCACGACCCUAAAAGGAAGACGAACCUGCGGCCCAAGACCCCCCAGCCUGGGGGAGACACGGCGCCGCUGAAGGCUAAACCCACCUCGGCAGAGGGCUGCAUGCUGGCCGCUAAGCUGGAGCGCACCAAGAUGGCCGACUCCUGAGGCAACCGGGACCAAGAAGUCGUUACUACCAAUGGACCUUGUCUUGCUAGAAAGCGUCAUACCUUUUUUGUUUAAAGUGCUUAUUUAUUCUUUCCUGCUUAUAAAGUAAAUCAUCAGCA